CCCUAGUAUCGCACCUCUCCAGCAGCAAUGAUCAUAAAACCUCGAAGCCGGACCAUCAUAAUUGGUGAAAGGGUAUUGGACCACUCGGGGAGUCUCGAUGCCAGCGAUACCCGGAAGCAGAUUGACCUAGCGUUUGAGAACGUCGAUGGAGUACUUCAGACUGCCGGAAUGAAAUGGUGGGAAGAUGUAUAUCUUGUCCGAACUUACCACGUCGACAUGGACACCUCUUACGACUAUCUCGUCGAGAAGCUCAAGAAGCGUAUUCCUGGACAUCGACCAGAAUGUUCCUCCAGCAUUGUCUCCCAACCUCCAAAAAUCACGCAUGGAGUUGUCUUCAGUAGGACCAACCCCGGAGUCAUCAUCAGCAGGCAAGCGAAAGCCUCGGAUAUGUUCCUACUGCGAGCGAUCCUUCCGGCGCUACGAACAUCUCCAAAGACAUCUUCGAAUUCGUUAGUGCAGACCUCCCGCGAAACCGAAUAUACACAUGAGAAACCCUACGAAUGUGACUGCGGUGCAUCGUUCAGUCGGCGAGAUCUGCUGAAGCGCCACCAAAGUAUUGGCCACGCUCCGAUUACUCCAUCGACGGAGGACCCGUCACCUGCAGAGGUUCACCAUACCAGCAAUGUCCAGUCUCAAGUAGAGUAUUCCCAUUCCAAUCUCCAGCCAUCUUUGCCGGAGCUAGCAGAUCUUCAUGACAUCGCCCAAGGGCUUCCGAACCAGACUAGCCACUAUCCCAAUGUGCAACUCGAAGGGAAUCCGCUCUUCAGCUCCCAGGAUCUGCUGGUCCUGCAAGAUCUGGAGAUGUUCAGUAACAACAUGGGGCUAAACAACGAAUGGUAUCUCCCAACGGAACCUAGCAUAACACAGAUCUUCGCGGGCGAUUCAAGCUUCAAUCUCAAUACAAACUCAUCUAUUGGUGCAUAUCCCGUUGAUCCUGGUCAGGCUCUGAGCAAGUUACCAACCGAGAGAGAAGCGGUCGCGGAAUUCGGCGUUCUGACGCUGCCAAUCCUGACUGUUACAAAUCAGCAUCGCGAUCGCCUGCUUCAAACGCUGACGCGGGCCCAUUCAACUGAAGCGGUCAACAACCUGCCAUCAUGCCACUCGUUGUCACGGUUUGCAAAUGGCUUUUUCGAUGGAUUCUAUCCGCAUUACCCCAUGGUGCACAUCCCAACGUUCAGGAUUGAUGAAUGUGAGCCAGAGUGUCUUUUGGCCAUGUGCGCCCUGGGUGCUGAGUUCCGCCAUGAGAAUCGCAAAGCGGUGGUGCUGUUCCAUGCGGCUAUGGAUAUAUUGCAGCAACGAACGCGUGAAAGGCAAAUGACGAAUGGUGGGGAAGCCCUAUCGCCUGGGGACACUACGACUUCACCAGAUCGGGGAUCUAUUCCAAAUCACGAGAGCUUGCAAUACCGCGAAACCAUACGCGACGCACGCUGCGCUUUUCUCCUGAUCGCUUUCGCGACUUGGCAAGGAAAGGAGGACCUAGCACGAGAAGCAUUCAACCUUCAAAGCUUCCUGGCGCGAUGCAUCCGGGAAAGCCAGCUCGAGAAGGCCGACCAAGACCCCGAUGCAAGUGCCACCGACUGGCAGGCCUGGGUCCAAGAAGAGACUGAUCGCAGGAUUAAGCUGUUUUCUUUUGCCCUUCUGAACCUGCAGUCUCUCGCUUUCGGCACCCCCUCCGUGAUCCUAACGGAUGAGAUUCGCGUUCGCCUGCCAUGCAGCUGCCUGGAGUGGAUCGCUCCAAGCUCGGAGAAAUGGAAGCGUAUCCGAACCAGGCCCGGGUUUCGGGAGCAGAUGAUGUUUCAAGAUGCCCUCUGUCACAUCAUGAAAUACCCGCCGGCGCCGGGAUUCCCAAACGCGUACCCGGUGCCUUCGCCCCAGGCGAACUAUAUCCUGCUGCAUGCGCUCAUUCAGCAGAUCCUCCUCGCGUAUCGUGCUCUCGGGCCAUACAAUGAUGCCAACAAAUGUUUAAUCAAUGGCCAGAAGGAGAUAAUGCGGCACGCCCUUCACGCCUGGACUUCCCUAUGGCAGCGCGCCCCGGAAUCCAGCUUGGAUCCCCGCAACCCCAACGGCCCCGUGACCUUCACCUCGACCGCGUUCCUCGGGGUUGCGUAUGUUCGCCUCGGCCUCGAUAUUGGGUCUUACCGAAUUCUUCGAUCGCGAGACGCGAACGAGAUAGCCAACCGGCUGCUAGAGAUGCCGCGGCUUCCCGCCGGGCCGCAUCUCCUCCCCGCGAUCCUGCAUGCCACCCACGCCCUCAGUAUCCCCGUCAAGUUGGGCGUGAACUUUGUGGCACAGAGCCAUGCAUUCGUCUGGAGCAUCCAACACUCACUUUGUGGGCUGGAGUUCGCCAUCUUCCUCAGCAAAUGGCUGUUCUGUAUCGCGAACUGUCAGACGAGGCGGCCGCUUGACGAGCACGAAACACGGUUGGUCAGCUGGAUCACCGACAUCGUCGAAGAAGGCCGAACCUCCGGAGACGAGGACCUGUGGGCCCGACCGUCGAUCCCCUCGGACUGUGUCUACCUGGGCUUUGCCGUCGCGAAGCUCUGGGCCCGGUUGAUCCGAGGCAAUGAACAGUGGCUUCUCCUGAAGAUCAUCGGCGAUGGUCUGGAUAUCUAUGCCGACAAAUGCGACCGAGAUUCUGUUCGCUCUCAGGCUAGAACGUCGGCGACCGCAUGAGAAUAUCUUUCCUAUCUGGCAACAUUUAACGAGGGUGAGAUAUUAGAUCACG